AUGGACGCUCCAAUUCGUCGCGUUGUUGCAAGUCACGAUUCCCAAGGCAAGGGACAUUUUGCCUCGGACGAAAUUAUUACGCCUUAUGAUCCCAAAACCGCACCAGUCUUCUCUACGCCAGGCCCCGACUCUGGAUUUGGCGUCAUCCAAAUCCACCGAUCGCGCGGGUUCCCAGUGGACAAUCUGAAGACGGUCGCCGAUCCGCCUAAGUCCCUCGUCCCGCUCGCCGAUACUAAGGGACCUUCUUGUCGUAUCCUCGACCUGCCCCCUGCCGACGCAGGAUGGUUCCACCGCACGCUAAGCUUGGAUUACGGUGUCGUUUUGUCUGGCACUGUUGGAUUCAUCACUGACGGUGGUGAAGAAAGGAUUUUGAAUCAACACGAUGUCAUUGUCUGUCGGGGUGUGAACCAUGAAUGGGUCAAUCGGGGCAAGGACGUUGCUAGAAUCUUCGUGGUGGUUGUUCCUAGUAAAGAGAUUGUGUUGGAGGAUGGAACUAGAUUGGAGAAGUCUCUCGCUGGAGAUAUCUAUGAUCCGGAGGAAGAGGAGGAUUGA